GAUUUCGGUCAAAUUCCUGUCGGCAGAUCGCGUUUCCACAUUCCGCUCGCCAUGUCGUCCGCCGCCGCGCCGGAGGAGCCGCCGCGCCCGGUGCGCUUCGGCAUCAUGGGUUGCGCCUCCAUCGCACGCAAGCUCGCUCGCGCCAUGCUGCUGGUCGCCCCCACCGCCGAAGUGGCCGCCAUCGCCAGCCGCUCCGGGGACAAGGCGCGCCUCUUCGCCGCCGACAACGGCCUCCCCGCCGGCACGCGCCUCCACGGGUCCUACGAGGCGCUCCUCGAAGACCCGGAAAUCGACGCCAUCUACCUCCCGCUCCCCACCAGCCUCCACCUCAAGUGGGCCACCGCCGCCGCCGCGCGGGGCAAGCACCUGCUCCUCGAGAAGCCCACCGCGCUCUGCGCCGCCGACCUCGACUCAAUCCUCGCUGCCUGCGAGGCUAGCCGCGUCCAGUUCAUGGACUGCACCAUGUGGAUGCACAACCUCCGCACUGCCAAGAUGCGCCAGCUCGUCGCCGACCAGAGCACCAUCGGCGACGUCAGAAUUGUAAACAGCAUUGUCAGCUUUCGAGCAGACGAAGAUUUCCUUCAGAAUGACAUCAGGGUAAAGCCAGACCUUGAUGCCCUGGGUGCACUUGGUGAUAUUGGGUGGUACUGCAUCCGCGCAAUCUUGUGGGCAGUCGACUAUGAGCUGCCCAAGAAUGUGAUUGCUCACCGUUACCCUGUUAAGAACCAAGCUGGUGUGCUCCUUGCUUGUGGUGCAUCGCUCUACUGGGAGGAUGGAAAGGUCGCCACCUUCCACUGUUCUUUCCUUACCAACCUUACCAUGGACAUGACCGUCGUUGGCACAAAUGGUACUAUUCAUGUUACCGACCUCCUCAUCCCGUACAAUGAAAAGUCUGGUCCAUUCAGUGUAGACUCCAAGACGGACGUCAACGAACUCGCUACUGAAUGGGUUCCACAUCCAAGCAAGCAUGUUGUCACGACGGACCUACCACAGGAGGCCCUGAUGGUCCAGGAGUUCUGUAGGCUGGUGAGAAACAUCAGAGAUGCCGGUGGCAAGCCUGAGGGGAAGUGGAUGGCCAUCACCCGAAAGACACAGAUUGUGGUGGAUGCAGUGAAAACUUCUAUUGAGAAUGGAUGUGAGUCAGUUGAUGUUGUUAGCUAGAUACAUCAGAAAGCUGGUCCUUCCCAUAAUAUGUCAUCCAGACUAUGGCGUAUAGUUUGUGUAUUUGCUUAAGCCAUACUCCUACGCUGCACAAAACUAAGUGAAACAAUUCGAAUGAUUCUAGUCAUAUUGAGGACAACAUUGCAACGAUCAAGUUAGAUUUUACUACAAAUUUGCUGUGCAAUAUAUGGGGAAUAUGGAUGCUC